GUGAAGACAAGCAGAGAGUGGACUCUCGGCUCAGAUGCGCUGCUCUUCGCUCUUCCGGUGUUGCCGUGUGCAUGUCGUCGGCUUCCAUUUCAACUUUGUCACAGGAAAUACAGCACGUAGGCAGGACAGAGCUAGAUGUUGGUCUAGUUGCGCCUUUGCUCCGUCCCACUUCUCUCUCCGCCUGUUUGGGAACUGACGUCCGGCUUGACGAGAGAGCCAUGCUAAGCUUCACCUGCGCUCGCAGGUGACAGGUGGCUCCGGGAACGUUGCGACAGGUCAGUGGACCUGGAACUAUGAGUGCGCUGCCGUGCUCCACACCAGUUUGGAACAGACGUGGGACCAGCCUGGACCGCCACAGCCGCUGCUCUGUUCCCAGCUGCCUCUAACUGACCACCUGCUCUGGGCUGUCGCUGGGAGUGGAUGCCAACUGCUCCAAACCCCUUUCUACUGUUUCAGUCACCUCUGGUUCACUCGACUGUUGAGACGCUUGAAGCCGCCGUGCAGUCAACUGGUGAAGAAUGAUCAUGGAGGGCGUCAAGACUAAAGCUGACGGCACCUCACAAGUGGCUCUCUACACCGUCAUGUACCCGGUCUUUAAGCAGUUGGAGGAAGCCGACGUAUCCGCAGCACAGAUUUUGAGAUCAGCCUUCCUUGAGGCAGAGAAGCAGAACCCGGGCCUGACUCAAGAAUUCCUCCUGAAAGUCUUGGAGAAGAAGAAACCGAAGGUCAACUAUCAUGAGUCCUUACUUCGAAUGGCUGCUGCUGCUGCUGCUGCUGAAGCGGAAGUGCUGCCAGAGUUGAGGAUCGACCGGCAGGAGGCUGAAUUCCAGGAGCUGAACGAGCGCGCCCGAGCGCUGAAACACAUCCUCGGCACCAUACCUGAUGAGAUUGGUGACCGUGUGGGCUUCCUGCAGACCAUCAAAGACAUCGCCAGCGCCAUAAAGGAGUUGCUAGACACGGUAAAUACUGUGUUCAAGAAAUACCAGUAUCAGAACAGACGGGCCCUGGAACAACAGAAGCGUGAGUUCGUCUACUAUUCCAGAAAAUUCAGCGACACGCUGAAAAUCUUCUUCAAAGACGGAAAAGCGAUAAACGUGUAUGUCAGCGCCAACCGGCUCACGCACCAAACCAACAUGAUACUGCAGGCGUUCAAGAGCGUGGACUAGGAGCCUCCGGUGACACACUCUCUCACACACGCUGCAUCAUUAGCUUCGAGCUCGCCGCUUAGGCGUCUCUGGAACCCUUUCUGAACUGUUCACUCCAAGUUCCGGGGCUCAGGCACAGGCUUUUGUGGCUGUUGGUUCAAAACAAGUUAGGCUGACAGUAAUUACAGGCUUUAAAAAAACUUUGAAAUCGAUACUCCUUGACGGCUUUCUUCUUGUGCUUUCCGCCGUCGGCUGCAGAAUAUUACGUUGAAAAGAUACUCAUCUUUUGUGUCUCAAACGGACUUUGGUUGGUGAAUCAGAUGUACUGCUGUGAGAUUUCCGGGUACCAAAGUUUUGCCUGUCGUCCUGCCAAACUCCUGCAGUUUCCAGCGUGUUAGUUUGCCUCUGUUUCCAUCCACACAUCGUCUUUACAUCACUCGAUCCCAACAAAGACGUUCCUUGCGCCGUGUGUCUUUCGACAUCAUUCAGUAAUGUAUGCUGCUAGCUUUAUAUGUUGAGUGUACAUUCAUGGUUUUAAUGGAUUUUAUGUAAAUGAAUAUAUCUCAUGACAUUGGUGUGUAACUCGUGAUCCUUCUCCAACUGUCGAGGGCUAAAGUACGUUUUGACAAUCAUGUUGCUGCUCAUCUCUUGCCAUGACCCCGGGGCCCCUGAAAAGCUCAGCAUCCUUACAAUGGCAAUAUCUUUUUUACGGGUGCCUUCAAAAAUAAAUGGUUAUUGAGGAUGAUCAUCCAUGUGACUUGGCUUUCUUCUCGUGUUUCUGUCUUCAUCACACAUUGUUCCUUGAAAGAGGAGACUAGAUUUGUUUGCACACUUUCAUCUGACAUUGAAAUGAAACGUCCCGACUCUCUCAAACUGAACUCGGAACACAAAAUGGCGAUGGCUGUGGCGACUCGAUUCCAACUAUUUAAAAUACUCUUGAGCCUCUUCAAAAGAGACGGAGGAAGAAUUUCAAAACUGGGUCUCUCUAGAUUUGCAGUGUCGUGGAGAAGCUGCUCAUUUCCAGUCGCCAGUUGUCGCUCCAUUCUCUUUCUUCGACUGUAUCCCUUUCUUAUUUCCUCCCAGUAAUAUGAUCCAAUUCUUCCCUUCCCAGCAACUUUAUUCUUCUCCCUGUAUAAUAGUGGAUUUUCCACGGUGGAUUUGUGGUGUGUUAUUUUGGGCUCCGCACUGGCUCCUGCCUGCGACGCUGUAAUCCAAUUGUGCUGGUGUUAAUUUUUAAAGCGUUAUUAUUGAAAUUGCUGAGACCUAAUUUUCUGAUCCUGUCACCGUUGACAACCGCUCUGAUCAGCUAAUUCAAGUUAUUCCGGGCUAUUAACUUUCGCUGUGGGAUUGUUGAUGGUCAGUGAAGCAGCAGAGGGAAGGAGAUUGGAUCUGUUGUGCUUGUGUGCUGUUACCGGAGUGUGUGUGUACGUGACGUCUUGCACGCUCACAUUUACUUUGUCUAACAAAUCCCAGAGAGACUAGUUUCGAUUUGAUGUCGUUUGCUGUGACAAGUCACCCGUCCCACCAGGAUCACACUCCGAGGAAUACGAGUGACCCCGCGCACUGCCGUGACUGCGCUGUGUGUCGAGGCUAAUUGUGCGUCCCAGACUUUGUCUGCCCUCUAACAACAUGGCUGUAACAGAGGUGCUUGGGCCAGAACACAACUUUGGAUGACUUGCUUGCCAGGAAACUUUCGACUUGGAGCGUGUGGAGUCAAGGGGCCAGUUCACAGUGGUGUGUGGGAGACUUGUAUGUCUCGCGCACACUUUAAACCCAGGGCUUGGAUGCCUGUCCAGUCAGGACACUGCUCUCCCCCACCCACAGUGGUAGUGCGAGCCUCGCAGCAAUUUCGAGCUUUAAACCGCUGUGUUCAAUCCUGUUGUUGGACUGACCCCAUUAACCUUGUUUCAAAGGUAAGUGCUGUUGUCUAGUCUGUAUGCAACUGGGCAAAUGAAACAUGAAAACUCUCAGAUGUGGUACUUUCUUCUGCAUCCCACGCGUUAGCACUACUUGAUGUUCAUCUUGCUACUAUGGAGAAUUGUGAUGCCUCUCACCACAACUGUUGAAUACAGCUGUAAACAUUUGCAUCCGGCGAGAGCACGGUUUUUACCACUGCAUGUCUUUACAGGAGAAAUAAACAGAGGCGGAAUGGUUUCACAGGACUUGUAACCCUCUGGCUGUCUGGACCCGAACCUGAGUUAUACCAGUUAUUUUGCUGGAAAACAUGCAAUUCUUUUCACUGCACACCUUUGUAUUGUUCAACUGGUGCUGCAGUAUGACGAUGGUCCCCAGUUUCUGACAAGAAAAUGCCCCUAUCUUUUUGGCCAACUGAAAAUCCCGUCAGCCCUCUGCCAUCUUCAAUCUUUCAUACAGAUCAGAGAAUAGAAAUCCAAAUAACAGUGUGUAGUUCUUAUCGCACGUCUCCAGUGUUCACCACUUUCUCAGAGAACAGACUUCAAAGUUCUGGUGCUUUGAGCAUGAAUGAUUGAUGGCCUGGAUAAUGCGUCGAUGCUCUUCAGAAGAAGCAAGUGGACCUCUCAGGUAGUCGGGUUCAAGGAAAAAAAAAAAGAUGUUCUUGUGAGUUGCACUGCUUCGGAAACAAAGCUUCAUCAGGAACGACUGAGCCCAAUCUGCUGACUCUUUUCACCCCUUGUACGGAGCCUGCCUUAUGGAGAAAUAGCCGUGGCUUUCAUCAGGAGGCCUGUGAUCUACGUGUCAGCCCAACCCGUUGCCAUUCUGCCCACAUUUGUCACAGAAACCUUUAUCUCCAACUGAAGAAGAGAACAGAGAAUAUCCACUGUGUUUAAUGGAAUGUUAAAAAAGACGUUUUCUUUUCAACCUCAUGUCCUUUUCAUCAUUACAGAGGCGAUUCAGAAUAAGACCCAGCGUUUCUCCCUCCAGUG